AUGAAAGUUUUGUUUACUAAAAGUGAAUUUAUUAUCUAGUUAUCAAAAAUUGUUAAAAUGACUUUGCAUGUAGCAACAGUUAAAUAUAGUAGCAACAAACAUUGCUUUCUAACAGUUGAACAGAAACAGUCUACAAUAAGAAGUGUUGAAAACACACAUAACUCAAAUCAAAUACCUGUGUAUAGAUGUGAAUAUGAUGAUGGUCGAAUAGCAUAUUUUAGUUUAGUCGGCCAUAGUCCUUUGUUGAUAACACAAGAUUUGAUUUAUCUCAAUGGUCUGUUUGCUCAAAAACUGGAAAUAAAAGAUAGUGAAGAGGUUAUACUACAAUUAGUCAAUCCUGUAAUAACAGCUAACAGACUAGAGGUUGAACCACUUAGUACUGAUGACUGGGAAAUAGUUGAACAACAUGCUGAGUUUGUAGAGAAUCAUCUAUUAGAUCAAGUCCGAGCAGUCUGGGUUGGACAGGUUUUACCAAUCUGGGUUGCUAAAUCAAUUUGUAUAUUUCUACAAGUUCAAAAAAUUGAUCCAGAAGAGGAAUAUGCUGUUCUGACUAAUGAUACAGAAGUUUUAGUGGCUCCAAAAUUACUUCCAAAUGGAGCUAAAAAAGUUUCAAGUAAACCCCAAAUGACUCGAAGACACAGUGAUCCAGACAUUAAUCCGAACAAUUUGUCUGUUGAAAAUGCGUCUAAAGUUUCGUCUGAUCGCAUAUCAAAGUCUAAAUCACCUGUUGGUAAACGGAAAUCACGCCAUUUAAAGAAUGAAAGACGGCAUAAAUCAGACGUCACUGAUAUUGAAGCUGAUAGACAAAGACCUAAUUUAAGACGUCAAUCCUCGUUGAUGGGGAGAAUGAUGGGAUGGGUUGGUUUAAGUAAAUGGCUUUCAGCGUAUAUAAGUGGUGAUAAUAAUUCAAUUUCUAGUUUCAAUUCUGAAAAUUUUGUUAUAAAGGAAAAUCAUUUAGUAUUUCGGGUUCAAGCCUUAAAAUUUACUUGUAAUCCAGAAGAAUUACCAAUAUACAAUUUAACAGAUCCGUUUUCUAGGUUUAUGUUGCCCCAAACAAGAAGUCUUGAUAACUAUGAUAGUGUUAAAAAGUCAUGUUAUGAGGAUGAAGAGUUACCCCCCUUAGAGCUAUUCCAACCAUCAAUUGUUUUUGUUAACCAUCGAGAUGUUGUUAGAAUUCUAGAUGGGGGAUCGAAAAAGAGUUUGCCGAAUGUGUUCUAUGCUGAGCUUCGUAAACUGAAAGCUCCAAAAGAAGUUGAAGAGGAAAAAAAACCUAAAACGUCGACGCCCACCAGUCCUCCUGUGACAGAAGAAAACAAUAGAAAGCUAUCUCCUAAAAAGAAAGAGUCGAAUGAAGAAGCGAGUGAACUGUGUUGUAUUGUUAGAGUGGUAACAAUUGAUAAAACAACAGAUUUAUCUGAUGAGAACUGGCAGAACUGUGCUGAACGAAUAUUACAGGAACAAUAUUUGUUAAGCGGCCAUGCUCUUGUCCCGGACAUAUUGCGUCGCCAAAUGAAAUUAGAUGUAACCGGUAGACUGUGGUUACAAACUGUUCAGAAGCCACCAAUCACGACAUGCAGUGUUUUGCAACUGUACCCUCUUUCUACAAUACCAAGACGUGUAUAUGAUUCGUUUAUUAUUAAAGCUUUUAUGAAAUAUAUAGAAACUGUUGCCAAUGAUGAACACCCAAUGAUAGUAUUUCAAGGAAUUCUAGUAAAAUUUAUGGUUUUUUCAGGUUUACACGUAGAAGCUCAGUUGAUAUUCAAUGAGGAACCUGGCAGUGAUGAUCGACAGAAGUAUAUAUUAUUAAGCACUAGUGUCCUCAGACAAUUGACAAUAACUGUUGAGAAGAAUGUGAAAGAUGACAGUGUGUCUCUCAUACAUCCUAUGUUGCCAUAUCGACAUGUCAGUGAUUUUGAUCCAAUUGCUCCAACAAUACAGUUGAACAAUCUAGGUGCUGUUCAGAAAGCAUCAGCUACUGCUAUUCAUCAUUUAGAAACAUGUCUACUUACUAAACCACUUUCUGAAGAUCUCUUCUCAUCAUGUCUGGGAUUAAACCAUGGUAUUCUCUUAAUAUCAGGACCUAAAGGUAGUGGUAAAACAUCUUUAGCUAAGGCUAUCUGUCGUAGAAUGGCCGAAGUUCCUAAUAUGGUUUUUACUAUGGAAGUAGACUGUAAACCAUUACGAGGUAAAAGAGUAGAUAAUAUUCAGAAGAUAUUAGAGUUAAUAUUUGAUGAAGCUGCAUGGAGACAACCAUCAAUAAUAUUAUUUGAAGACUUGCAUAUUAUAGCUGGUGCUGCUACCAGUCCUGAUGCUGAAAUGACUGGUGAAGCUUUAUAUGCUGCUAGAGUGGCUGAAGUAAUUACAAGUAUUAUUAAAUACCAGGUUAAAAACAACAUUAGAGUAGCCAUUAUAGCAACUAGCCUAUUACAGAGCUCCUUACAUCCAAUGUUAGUUACUUCUAGAGGUAUUCAUUUUAUACAGGAGGUUAUUUGUAUACAACCUCCUAAUAAGAAAGAAAGAAAAGAGUUAUUAACCAAGAUGUUUGAAAACCGAGAGAAUUUAUCUAAAGAUAAUAUAAAAGAGAUUGAUAUGGAGUAUAUUGUUAAUAAAACAGAAGGAUUUGUAGCUAGAGAUUUAGAGAAUGUUAUAGAUAGAGCAAUACAUGCUAAAUAUCUAGUUGAUUGGAAAGCUUGUAGUGAGGGUGAAAUGAAACUAUCCGAUGAAGAAUUUACAACGGCAUUAGAAGGUUUUAAACCUGCUAGUUUUCGCAAUGUAUCACUCCAUGUACAUGAACAUCGUAGCUGGAGAGAUGUUGGUGGAAUGCAAGAAGUUAAAGACAUUCUAAUAGAAACAUUACAAUGGCCGACAAAGUAUCCCGCUUUGUUUGCCAAUUGUCCUCUACGAUUGAGAUCAGGUUUAUUAUUAUAUGGAGCACCUGGUACAGGUAAAACUCUUAUCGCAGGUGUUGUAGCUAAAGAAUGUGGUCUUAAUUUUAUCAGUAUCAAGGGGCCUGAAGUAUUAAGUAAAUAUAUUGGUGCCAGUGAACAAGCUGUUAGAGAUUUAUUUGUCAGGGCUCAAAGUGCUAAACCUUGUAUUUUAUUCUUUGAUGAAUUUGACUCAAUGGCUCCAAGGAGGGGUCAUGAUAACACAGGGGUUACAGAUCGUGUUGUUAAUCAGUUAUUAACACAGUUAGAUGGUGUAGAAGGUUUAGAUGGUGUGUAUGUAUUAGCUGCUACCAGUAGACCAGAUUUAAUAGAUGGUGCUUUAUUACGACCUGGUAGAAUAGAUAAAUGUCUACAUUGUGGUUUACCCACAAAGGAAGAAAGAAUAGAGAUAUUGGAAGCCUUGACAGAUAAAAUGUGUUUAAAUCAAGACGUUGAUUUCGACAUCAUCGCCGAAAAAUGUGAACAUUUUACUGGUGCUGAUCUGAAAGCUGUCUUGUAUAAUGCUCAGUUAGAGGCCAUUCAUGCGUCCACAGGUUUUGCUCUGCAAGACUCUUUUAAUGACCGAGUUAAGAAGAAAGAUAAACAUUCAAAGAAUGUAUUUAUGACAGAUGAAAUGAAGUCUGCUAUUAAAGAAGGCAGAUAUGAAAUACAGUCAGUUGAGAAAAGUGUAAUGAGAAGAACUACUUCACAAGUGGAAGAUAUAUCAUCCAAUAGACAGCCAGAGCGACCUAUCAGUUUCCAUGGUGACGAGGCUAUACAGUUAGUGUGUACUCUAUCUGACAAGAAUCGGUUGGUAACAAUGAUACCACGAUUAGAUGAGGGACCAAAAGAAUUAUCUGGUGAAGAGGAGGAACAUAUUUUAAAUCUGGUCUUUGAAAUAAAACGUAGAAAUGAUUUCCAGAAACAAACUAAAACAGACCGUAGGGGAUCAUUACACGCUGGGAGAAAUUAUCCCAUGAUACAAGUUAAUCAACAACAGCUACUUAAAGCUGUCAAUGGAAUGAGACCAUCGGUGUCUGAAGAAGAACGGAGAAGGUAUCAAUAUAUCUAUGAUACCUUUACAUCAUCAAGAAGUGGUAACUUUAGUCCAGGUAUUAAUACGGCUGGUAAAAAAGCAACAUUAGCUUGAUAUGAGUUUGGGAUUUUUUAGCUUUUGAAUUUAAGAAGAAAAAUUCUUUGAAUAUUAAUAAAAUAUACUGACUAUCUUUAAAUCCUGUCUUUUUAUGCAUGGAGUUGAAAUAAGUAUGUUUGGUGCUAGAAGCUGGAACCACACACAAAAUUGACACCCUGUAAUGUAUCAUCGUAAUUAUACCUGGAAGGUCUUGCUUAUUGGGAAUAAAAUGAAACCUAUUUUUCUGCACUAACUGAGUUAUUGAAGAUAGACUCUGCUUAUUAUGGAUGUUACAUAUUGUACAAUACACACAAUAUAAUGAAGUACACUUUGUCUUAAAUAUUAAUAAGAAAUAACAUCAUUUGGUUGAAUAAAACAAACUAAGCAAACUACAGAACUAUAGGCAAAGUUAACAUUCAAUUUUCUAUGAUUAAAUUUGGAAUUAAAGUCGACUAGAGUGUUUUUUUGUUUCUAGGAACCUGCAGUAGUGAUUGUUGUGUAUAUUAUAAGUAUUGUUGUAUAUAUAAUGUUUUACUUGUGUGCUGUGUUUUGCUAAAGUGUGCCUUAAAUAAGCCCCAACUGGCUCAUCUAUAUUUGUAUUUUGUUAAACAUACCUAUAAUAUGGGCUUGUGAGAUACUCGUGCCUGGGGAUCCAGAGGGGUCCUGGGAAUUUAGGGUUUGAAGACAAGACUUCUUAAAUUAGUUGGCAACCAAAAUAAGGUUUGUCCACAUUUAAUGUUGAUUUUAUUGAGAAAUAAGCAAGGGAAGUUAUUUAAGAAUGUUUAAUGUAGCCAAGCUUAAAGUGCUGAAAUUUCUAAAUUAAUAUAUAGACAUAUUUAGCAAUUAAUAUGAUUAAAGGCAGAUUAAUAUCAGCAAUGUAUUCCAAUUGGCAUAAGCUUAUGGUCACUUUAAUCAAAAGUAUUCAUUCAAAAACAGGUAUAUAUACCUAAAUAUCCCUAUUUCAAUUCACACAAUGGACAUACUUAUGAAUAAUUUUGAAUAUGUUUUUAAUUGAUUCAGCUAGAAAUAUUAGAAUUAGGUAUUUGUUUUGUUAUGAUUAAUAUAAAAGUGUAGAUUUAGUUGUAGAAUUAUGUUAAUACAAGGAUUGUAAAAUUAUGUUGUAGAUCUUUUGCUUUAUGUAAAAUUAUGUUGUAGAUCUUUUGCUUUAUGUAAAAUUAUGUUUGUAUAUAUUAGUAAAUUAACUUAAUUUUAUAUGUAUAAUUUUUGUUGAUGAAAGUUGAAUAAAUAUUUUUUUUUUUAUAUAAAAUAUUGCCAUAUUGCAGACAAGUUUUUAUUGUGAUAUCUAUUUCUAAGAUAUGAUGAAGUAAAGUAGUAAUUAAAGUAGAAAUAUUGAAGUUACACUGAAGACUACCGGUUAAGAAAUGGUACUCUGUCACAAAAUCCCUUCAGAAUAGGCUUUUAUCAGUCGAGAAAUGGAAAAUUCCACUUCACUAGUUUCGUUCAUUUGUGUCAAUAUGAUGUUAUCGCUGUGUAAAAGUUGAUUAUUAAAUCUAGUGAUAUAAUUCUUUCCGUGUACUGAUUUAUAUUCGUUUAAAUUAAGUCCCAUAAUCAAAGAUAUAUCUAUAUAAUCCACAUAGAUCCCGGUAUUACCAGUAUUUUGCCAUUUAUACCUUGUUACACUGUGACUAUUGGUAUGUGUCCAGUGCAAGCAAGAAAGAAGUUUUGAAUAUUAUCUCGUACAUGCUAUGUAUAUUAUUUUGCUAUGAUUAAAUGAAAUAAGACUA